AUGACUUUCUUUGUGCUGGGGCAUCUAACACUUUCUGAUAGUUACACCCUUAUGCAAGUGUUUGAACAGACAUGUACUGAGAUAGGUGUACCAUUAGCGGGGGAAAAGACUGAGGGCCCUGUGCAAAUCCUUAUAUUUUUGGGUCUGGAAAUAAACACUUUGGAAAUGUCUGUCAAAGUUCCUCAAGCUAAACUAAUAGAGUUCAAAGGUACACUUGAAUCUCUGUAUGGAAGAAAAAAGUCAAGAGUGAAGGAGAUUCAGUCAUUAACAGACCUCCUAAAUUUCUGCUCCCUGGCCAUACCAAGUUCCAGGGGCUUUAGUAGGCGUUUCUAUUAUGCUAUAUCGAGUAUGUCCAAUCCACGUCACCAUAUACGUCUAAACCAGGAACUAAAGGAAGAUAUUCGGGUUUGGUUAGUAUUCCUAGAUUGCUUCAAUGGUGUAACGUACAUCCCCAACCUUGAGUGGUCAUCAAAUACCAAAUUUCAACUCUUUACAGAUAGUGCAAGGGUGGCCAUCUUGGGGCAAGGGCUUAUUUCCAAAGACAUCGGGUGUACUUGGAUGGGAACUAGCGUAUUGCGAGACAUUACAUUUCUUGAAUUGGUCCUUGUUGCUUUGGCCUUUCACAUUUGGGGUACUUCAAUGGUUAAUCACAUAAUUCCCUUGCACAUAGACAAUAGUGCACUUGUAUUAACAAGAAAUCAGCAAGGUCUAAGUGAGUGA